AUGGAUAAUACGCAAAUAACCCAACAUAUACUAGUAAGUAUCGAAGGAAUGACAUGUAAUUCCUGUAUUAGAUCUAUCCAAGGAAAUAUUGCCGAAGUCAAAGGCCUUGAAAGUAUUAAGAUAUCCUUAACGCAAGAAGAAGGAGAUAUUGUCUAUUUUCCUCAUCUUAUCGAUCAUCAUCAAAUCAUAAAUGAAAUCCAAGAUAUGGGUUUUGGUGCUCAACUAAAAUCCAAUCUAUUCAAUUUACAGCUCAAUCUUCAGACAUUACCUGCUGAUUAUGACCAAUUAAUAAAACAUCUAAUGGAAGUCUCUGGCAUAGGAAACUGUUACAUAGAUGAGAAGUUAAAUGCUCUUAUAGUACGAUAUAAUUACGAUUUAUUGAACUCUCCCAGUCCCAUAAUAGACUAUUGCAACAAGUUUACUACUAUGAAAACCAAAGAAAACGAUAACAGCAAUCUAUCGAAGCGAAAUGAUGUAGCAGUAUUAAAUGUUACCGGAAUGACUUGCCAUUCAUGUGUGCAAUCUAUCGAAGGAACAUUAUCCGACGUAAAAGCGAUCCAAUUUGUUGGGGUGUCACUAGAAAAGAAUCAAGCCGUAGUCCAAUAUGACGAUGAAGAAACAACUGCAAAUGAUAUUGUAGAAAGUAUCAAAGACGUAGGAUUCGAUGCUAGUAUCUUACAGUCGGAAUCCAAGAUGGCUCGCUAUAUCGCUGUAGAUAUCGAUGGAAUGACUUGCAAUUCUUGCGUUAAUCACAUCCAGAGCUGCGUUCUGGAGCUAGCUGGCAUCCAUUUUAUCCGCGUUUCUUUACCAUUACACAAAGCUGAUAUCGUCUUUGAUGGUAAUAUUAUAGCUCAACAACAAAUUCUAGACAUUAUCAACGAUACAGGAUUUGAUGCAAGCCUGAUGGUAAAUGCAGCAGUAGCUCAAAAUAAUGCAUCCAAUACCACCAAUUCAUCUAAUUACCUUAAUGACAAAUCAAACAAUAAGAAUUUAAAUAAUGUAACUGAGCAAAAAAAAAAACCAGUUGAUGAAAGUAAAAUCGAUGUCAGCAAGAAUAAUUCAGAAAAUUUCCAGGAUGACUGUCAUAAAGCUCCUAGAAUAGAUAAAGAUCGAGAUAAAGAUCAAGUUAUUGAAUCAAAAUCAAUCCAGUUAUCCAUUAAAGGCAUGACUUGUUCGUCUUGUGUCGCAAAUAUUGAGCGGGAAAUGAAAAAAAAACAAGGAAUAAUUUCCGUUUCCGUGGCUCUGCUAGCGGAACGAGGAGAAAUUAAAUAUAACUCUAACUUAACCAAUGGCGAAAAAAUCAUAGCUCAUAUAUCAGAAUUAGGUUUUGACGCAUCGAUUCUACGACACAUUAAUGCCUCUAACCAGGUAGAAUUACAGAUUGAUCAUAUUAUCGGCCAAGAAAGCAUUGAAGAUAUUGAAAGCACAUUCCAAGAGCUUACAGGAGUUACAGUUAUAUCAAUUUCUCUUGAAUUUAAAACUGGAAUAUUUGAAUACGAUCCUUCCAUUACUGGAGUUCGUGACAUCAUUAACCUGCUAAAAGAUCUCGGUUAUCCUUCAUCUCUGGCUAUUAAGAAUGAUGUGUCAAAUAAGUUGCAACAUGGUAGCGUAAUUAAAAAGUGGCGAAAUACAUUUUUACUUUCACUCAUCUGCUUCCUUCCGGUUGUGACUAUCCUGAUAGUAUGGCCUGCUUUAAAGUACGACAAUAAACAAAUAAUCGUUGCUCGAGGACUAUCGUUGAAAAAUCUUCUUUUUCUUAUAGUUUCAACACCUGUUCAAGUAUUUGGCUGUAAACAGUUUUACAUCAUGGCAUAUAAAGCAUUACGGCAUGGCUCGGCUACAAUGGAUGUCCUCAUUGCAAUGGCAACCACGAUUGCUUAUUGCUAUUCGGUUACGGUGAUUAUUAUUGCUGCAGCAAUAAGACCCAAUGAAAGUCCUGUUACGUUUUUUGAAACAACGCCAAUGUUGGUGACAUUUAUAUCUUUAGGCCGCUGGUUAGAGCAUCGAGCAAAAAAAAAAACCUCCGAAGCACUUAGUAAGCUCCAAUCGAUGCAGCCUACUGAUGCUAUCUUGGUCGAAUUGGAUGACGACAAUCAAAUUAUAAAGGAAGAAAUUAUUUCUAUUGAUUAUAUUCAAGAAAGAGAUAUUCUAAAAGUCAUACCAGGAGCUAGAAUCCCUGUCGACGGUUUCAUUGUAACGGGCUCAUCGAUGAUUGAUGAAUCUCUCAUUACAGGAGAAUUUAUGUCUGUUGCUAAAAAUCAAGACGAUAUGGUUAUCGGAGGCACGAUUAAUCAAACCGGUGUGCUAAUAAUAAAAGCAAGUAAAGUAGGUGCUGAUACUACCCUAGCGCAAAUAGUGCGAUUAGUUGAAGACGCCCAAACAUCGAAGGCACCAAUACAGCUUUUGGCCGAUAAAAUUGCCGGCUACUUUGUACCUGGCAUUAUACUAAUAUCUAUCGUUACCUUCCUUAUUUGGGUCUGGAUUGGGUAUACAAAUAUCCAUGCCAUUAAGCCAGAUUUUAAUGUCCUUACGGAUAAUGUAGCCGAUGUUGUCCUAGAAUUUUCCUUUUUAUGUGCUAUUAGCGUGCUAGCAAUAGCCUGCCCAUGUGCUUUGGGCUUGGCAACACCUACUGCCGUUAUGGUUGGUACUGGAGUAGGAGCUCAGUUAGGCAUCCUUAUUAAAGGCGGACUACCGUUAGAAAUCGCUCAUAAGGUUUCCGUAGUCAUCUUUGAUAAAACAGGUACCUUAACACAAGGUAAACCCAAGGUGAAAGAAGUUUUAUUGGCCAACAGCUUGCUUAUAGAUGCUAAUCAGCUGAUUAAAUUGGCUGGAGCCGCUGAAAGCAACAGUGAGCAUCCUUUAGCUCAAGCAAUCGUGCAACAUGCACAAAAGGAAACCAAAGAAACAAUCCUUGGUAAAACUAGCUAUUUCAAAUCUAAAACUGGAUUUGGAAUAAGUUGCAGUGUAACUUUAUCAGAAUCGAAUGUUAACUAUAGUAAAUCAUACCGAUUUAAAAGUAUUACGGAAAAAGAUCGUGAUGUUAUCAUUGGAAACAGACAUUGGAUGCAUGCUAAUCAUAUUAAGAUCAAAACUGAAUUUCAUCAUAAAGUCGCAACUUAUGAAAGCCAAGGAAUGAGCGUUGUUUUAGUUGGCAUUGAUGGUGAGAUCGCUGGAGCUUUUGCUAUCUGUGAUACGAUUAAAUCUGAUGCAAAGGAUGCCGUGCAGAAUCUACACAAGAUGAAUAUUGAAGUUAUUAUGAUGACUGGAGAUAACAGAAGAACUGCAGAAGCUAUUGCAAAAGAAGUCGGAAUUCAAGCAAUAUAUGCUAAUGUCAAACCAGCUGACAAAAUCGCUAAAGUUAAAUCGUUACAAAGUCGCAAUAAUGUAGUAGCUAUGGUUGGUGAUGGCAUUAAUGAUUCGCCUGCGCUAGCUCAAGCAGAUGUAGGAAUAGCUAUUGGUAGUGGUACUGACGUAGCUAUAGAAGCCGCGGAUAUAGUUCUGGUUAAGGAGAAAUUGAUGGACGUUGUCACAGCAAUCGAUUUAUCCCGAACUACCCUAAGGAGAAUAAGAUGGAAUUACUUUUUCGCAACCAUAUAUAAUAUUGUAUGUAUCCCAAUAGCUGCAGGUGCUUUUAAGCCAGUUGGAUUUGUUAUACGUCCUUGGAUGGCAAGUGCUGCUAUGGCUACCUCAUCAGUCUCUGUAGUGCUAUCUUCAUUGUGGUUGAGAAGAUACAAGAGACCAGCAGGUACAAGAUCGAUUACAGAAUACUGGUUUAAAGGUACCUUGGGGCGAAGUCCGAAAUUAAAUAUACAUGUAAGCAAUAAUAGCUAUAGAAGUCUGGCUGACGUAGAGGCAGCAGAUACUCAAGCCACGGAAAAUUCUCAGUUGCUGUAA